AUGGACUUCGGCGCUACCUCCUUCUGGAACCCCCAGACCCUCCUCCCAGCCCUCGCCAACGGCUCCCUCCUCCCAAGCCCGCCUCGACGACAUGGCCAUCCGCAACCUCUCAUGUCCUACUCUCAGCUCGGCCUCAAUACCAAAAUAAUUCCCCCCAAUUCCCCGGCCACAGCCCCCGUCGACGUCUGCGCCAACCACCGCGCCCUCGUCCGCAAAGCCGGCAGCGCAGCCAUCACCCUCCUAAAAAAACACCAACAACACCCUCCAUCGGCAUCUUCGGCUCUCACGCCCGUCCCACGCUCAUCGGCCCCGGCACAACACUGGACGACGUGCACACCCACACCACCUGGCCCGGCCACCUCAUCUUCUCCGGCGGCUCCGGCAUCAGCAGUCCCUCAUACCAAAUCACCCCGUACGACGCCCUCCUCUCCAAAGCCCUCCAAGACGGCACCCAACUAAUGUGGGCAAUGGAUGACGACCUCCCCUUUUGGGUUGUAGGGAGGCAGGAGUGGGUGCUUGCUAGGGAGGUGUAUCGGUUUUUGGGUUGGGGCUAGUAGUAGGGAUUGAGGGGGUGGGUGGAGUUAUGUUGUUGCUUAGAUUUUGGUAAGGCGUAUUACCUGUGCUGCAGGGCACUUCGAUUAAGGUACUUGGUAAG